AUGGUGCAUUCGGGGGGCGCAGGUUGCCACCGGUGUGGUUUGUGGCCAGGUGGAUCCGCCCCAAUUAUCGUUGUCACCUUCUCGAUGAUGCGCCCUUCACGUUUCAGAGCACAUGCGGUGCAUUUAGAUUGUCCCCCUAGAACUGAACAGAGAAAUGUUGACGAUUUAGUGGUGAUGAGGCCUUACCAGCGGCCUCGGUCACGGGACGAUUUCGCCAAGCGGAAGAAUGCGGGUAAUGUGGUAGUAAUGCGGCCAGAACGAAGAAUGCGGGAUGGUUCAGUGGAUCGUGCAGCCCCUGGAAAUGGCAGAGCAGCCGGGGAUGUCGAGAGGGCCAUUUUGUCCCUGCAAGCUAAGCCGUGGAAACACUUGGGUCAGAACUCAAACGAGGGGGUUGAUUUGCCGAAAGAUAAAGGGGUGUUUUAUGCUGGCAACCUUCGCCGGUACUGCAACAAUGGGAAGCUCAUUCAGGCUUGCUGCGUGAUUGAUGAGAUGGUGCUACAUGGCCAAAUUCCGGAUGCUAAGAGCUGUAUUAGAUUAAUCCGUGGCCUUGUUAAAACUGGCAAGGCAAAUAAAGCCAGGGACGUCCUUGAGGUUAUGGUGCUCUCAGGUGGGAUUCCAGAUACCAUCACCUGCAACAUGCUGAUUGCGCAACUUUGCUGCACAGGGCAGCUGGAUUUGGCGAUGAACGUAUUGGAGGACAUGAGGUAUGGCGGUAUCUCUCCAAACGGCAUCACUUUUAACACUUUGAUUAGGUGCAUGUGCAACCAGCGUAUGUAUGGCAGGGCGAUCACCUUUUGGAAAGAGCAAUUGAGAAUAGGUUGGCCACCAUAUGUUAUGACGAGCACCUUGCUUGUUGAUCUUGUAUGCAAAAACUGUGGACCUAAGCGUGCCAUGGAAGUCUUGAAUGAACUUGCUCUGGAGGGAUGUCAACCAGAUGUUGUCACCUACAAUGCUCUUAUCAGUGCAUCAUGUAAAGCAGGCAGGCUGAAGGACGCGAAGACCAUCUUAACUCGUCUUAUUGCUGAAGGCCUUGAACCAAAUAGUACAACUUAUUGCAUCUUACUCCAUUCUCUCUGCAAUACAAAAAGGUGGGCUGAAGUUUGUGAUUUACUUGCACAUAUGAACCAUGCAAAUUGUGAGCCUGAUGUUACUGCCUACAAUAUCUUUAUCAACUACUUCUGUAAGUAUGGACAUCUCGAUCAGGCUAUUGGUGUGUUGGAGAUGAUGGUUAGCGAUAAAUGUUUUCCUGAUAUAGUGACAUACAACACACUCCUAAAUGCCAUAUGUAAAGAGGGUAUGGUGGAAGAAGCUCUUUUGAUAGCCCAUUGCAUCAGAGAAAAUGGAUGGCAGUUGGUUCGUAUUACAUACAACACCCUGAUAGAUGCUUUAGCAAACAAGGGUGAGGUGAACAAAGCUAUGGAUCUGUUUGAUGAGAUGGCUAGUGAUGGGAUCAGUCCCGAUGACAUUACUUAUGGUUCACUUGUUAUGUGCUUCUGUAGGAAAAACAUGGCUGAAGAGGCCCUACAGCUCUUGAAUCGGACGCUUGCUCUUGGUUUUCAGGUUAAAGUAACUACUUUUGUCAUGGUGAUCCAGGCAUUGUGCAGAGAUAGCAAAGCGGAAGCUGCUGCUGAUAUACUGCGAGUAAUGGUAUCAGAAACUAAAAACACCAGUAACUCAUUUUAUCUAUCUAUAGUCAGAAGAGUCGCCAAUUCAGGCAGGAUUGAAGAAGCAGAAAGGCUGCUUCAGGAAUUAGUUGACUGCAAGAUAGUGAAAGAAGAUUCCCCUGUUGUGUUGAGCAGCUAG